UGAGACACGACAAACGCGAAAUGGCGGCAAGGAAACACCCAAAUGGUGAAAUGACGUUGGAUAAAGAGUCUGCCAACGAACUGCUGACAUUUAUUGCACGAUUCAACCAGGUGCUGAAUACUACUGAGGUGUCCCAACCGACUCAACAAGCAGGUGAACUUUACGAUAAUGGGCGUGCCAGUCGCCAAGUUGGUCCAGAGGAAGAUGACGAACAGCAGAAACAGGAACGGAAGGAGACCCUGACCAUGAAGAUGCCGGGAUACGGAGCUCCUCCACCUAGCCAACCUAACAGCGCGUGCAUGACACUGACAAUGCCCGUCCAAGCGAGCCUCUCGACAAACUCCACGCCACGGAACAGCUCAUGUGUCCUCAGUGAAAUGUUCACCACCAUGGACUUCAGUAGGCCAAACUCGCAAAGAAGUUCUAGUUCUCACCCAGGGGUGCAGCCGUCUUCGGCCCGGGAAAGUUUUGACAGUGGAAUAACAGAAGGCGGGUUGACCAGGAGAAAAGCGGCAGACGACAGACGACCUGAAUCUGCUCCCGGGACGCGCCAAGUGUCGGUAAGGGAUUACUCAGUCCGAUUAACGUCGCCUGCAACCUGCGAAUCCUCCCAAGAAGUGGACCCUGCGACCAGCCAGUCGAACAACCCUCUCUUGACCGAGGCGGCAGUGCCAAAUCCAGUCAGGGGAGGAAACAUUGGCACUAUCGAUCGCGAAGGUACGGUUGGCAGGCGACAGGACAACGCUUGGCAACCUCAUCAGGCUCCAUCGGUCCAGUUCAGUCAUCAGCCCGAAAGAAACGGUAGCCAACAAAAUGAUCGCGAGGCACUCAUGAAGAUUUCUGACCGAAUCACAACCAUCGUCCAAGGCUUGAAGAAGAAGCCGACGUACACGUCGGAAGAAGUCAGGACAAUUUUGGAAGAAAUCAUGGAAGAAACACCAAUCGUGUGUAACAAAAACCGCCAGUGCCGUCGUUCCAAAGGUCACAUCCACCGUAAGGCCAUGUAUCUCGAAGAUGGCCAAUGUGACCUCAGCGCCAAUGGGAAUGCGACGAAGCAGACAGCGAAACGACCAUCUGAGGAGGCGUCCGCUGCCUUUGGAGAGGAAGAGGUGGGGGAAAACAAAAUCAUGACAAGGAAUAAACGACAGAAGCCUAGGAGGCUUGAUGACGAUGAGUCGUGCGCAUAAACACAGAUACAGAGAGAAUCGAGCAGGACGUACAAUCCGAGUGGACUCGGUUGAAUGCGCAAUGAAGCUGUGAAUUUUACACUUUACUCCGGACGCAGUUGUGGACCGGCCGCGUCCUGUCGUCCGGUACGAAGGAAAGACGAUCAGGAUGAAAAAAUGGACUCACGUCACCCGGGGAAAAACAGAAUUGUUGCUUUCUGACUCUGGUUACAGUUUUUAGAAUCGAGGUUAACAGGGUCAAAAGAAAUAGUUUUUGGCGCCAAUGAUGUCAGCACAUGGCGAAUUUGUUCUAAAGUUCGAGUCGAUACCCUUGGAAUCCAUUCUGCCGAUGCUAACUGUGCCGGCUCAAUAUGAUAUCUGAAGGACUAUCCAUUGGAUCUUGGAGAUGGGCUAUUGUUAUUGUCCUUUCUGUAGGUAGGCCUAUGUUGCAGGCAGCAUAACUCAAAUAUCUAAAAUCUAAAUAACAAAGGAAAAGAAACGCAUUAUAAAAAUAAAAUAUAAAGUAAAAAGAAAAAUGUUGUCCACAACCGGAUUCGAACUCGCGACCUUUGGAUCGAACAUCGGCUUCUGCCAUUUCUGACGAGCGCUCUACCAACUGCUCUAAUGUUUCUAAGACGUCUGACGUCAUGUAUUUGUCGAAAUCUGAUUGGCUGAAAGUCCCUGUAAAAAUGUACAAUGAACUGCCCGAAAUGUUCAGGAAAAAAAAUUCGCUAGCGGCUUGUGUCAUUCCCCUGUUGGGGACUUGCAGAACUUGUUGGCUGUGGUAAACGAGAAGUCUCCGGUCUUUCACAACCGGCGGCUGGUGUGAGCUUCUUGACCCUCAAGCCGAUUAACUCUGAUUGUUCAGAAUGGGCGUGAGGGGCGAAACAGUCUUCCGUCUUGAAUGACUUGGGCCCCAUGUCUUUCAUGACAUCGGCCCCUGUCUCUCACAAACUGUUGCGGAACGCAAGUUGUAGGUUUAAGGCAGUAUCUAAAACCCCAUACCACAUACCCGCAUACCCACAUGCCAAUUUUUUCCAGGUUGGGCAAUCCAAUGACGGCUGAAGCUUUUAUAAUGAGCCUGGCAAGAUUGGAUCACUCAUUUUUAGUUCGUCUUACCCAGGAGACAGGAGUGGUUAAUGGACAACCCAUUAAACAACCCAUAAUUAACUUUUUGUGUACAGGUUGAUUUGAUGGAGUAUUGUUUUUGGUGUUAGUUUUAUUGUGAUAGUUCAAGAUACUAAUGUAACUUAUUCAGGAUCAUCUCCAAGAAUGAGAGGUUUUCGGGUUCGACUCUCAGUCUUACCUUUUACUUUGUUUGCCUUAUCGUAAACUUGUAUUUGCACCCAACUCUGUAUUGUCUUAUUGCACCUUAAUUUUUGUUAUCUGUACAACGGAAAGUAGUACGAAUAAACAUAUAUAUAUAUAUAUUAAGUGA